GAUAUCAAUUUGGGCAGUUUAUCCGUUUAUCUUCACAAGAUGGCGUCCAGUGAGAAAACGAAACUUCCAAAUCUAAAAAUUUGCAUUGAUAAUGAUGAAUCUGAAUCAGAUGACGAUCGUUUGUCGUUGACAGAGGAGCCCCAGAUUAGUAUUGAAGAGGGAGAAGAAGAUACACGAAUAGCAAAUCCUGUACACGACGAACUUGUAGUUUCAGGCUCGCCCGGUUCAGAACGUGUUCUUGACGAUGACGAUGACGUUCAGUUCAAUGUUUAUUUGAACAAGUUGGACUCAAAACCAUUGGAAAAUACGUCCAACAGGCAAACAAGAAGAUAUGAAAAUAAAGAAGGAAACUUCAUAACAGGCAUUGAUUUUACAGAGCAGAUAUCAGCAGAAAAACUGCAGGAGAGAGCAAAAAGAUUUGGCAUUGAUUAUAAACCGGAACCUGCUUUAAAUUUGAAGGAGCUGUAUGAAAGCCUGGGUUUAAAAGCGGAAGAUUUAAGUCAGAAAGAUGAAAGAGGUAUACGUCUGGAUGCCAUACAUUUACGAGGCGUGAAUGAGAUGAACACAAAAGAUGUGUUCAACUAUUUCAAGGAGUUUGCUGCAGGCAGCUGUGAAUGGAUUGAUGAUGAAAGUUGUAACAUAGUUUGGCUUGACAAGAUGACGGCAGCACGUGCAAUGUUAAAACUCAGUCGCAGCUAUGAACAAGUUAUGGCAGAAUAUGGUAUAAAGAAUACAGCUAAACAAAAAUCAGAUAAGAAGAAAGAGAAGAAUGAAGCUACUGCAGAGUCUAAAAUGGAAGAAGAUGGUAUUGAACAAAAUGGAGCUGUGGAGAAAGAAAAUGAGGAAGAAAGAAAUGAAGAGAAAAUGGAUGAAGAUAAUGAUGAACUAGAUCUAACAGAGGACAAACAAACAGUUAAUAAUGAAACUGAGGAAAAGAAACCUGAUGAUGAAGAAAAAAUGGAGGAUGAAGGAAUUGAAGAAGGGGAGAUCACUGAGAGUGACUCUGAGCCUGAAGUUACCACUCACAGCCAAAGUGCGUUCAACAAAAUACCUUGGCCACCAGGAAAAUGGAGACUAGGUGAACCAUACAAAGACAAAAAUAAAUAUCUGUUCCUCAGAUUUGCUACAAAAGCUGAUAUUAAGCUGCCUGGUGCUGAAAAAAGAAGCAAAUAUUACCAGAAAUAUGGCAAUCCUAACUAUGGAGGAAGAGUUGGACUUCUGAGCAGAUCAAUGAAACAGAAGUUACGUGGUAGACGAGGUAAUGAUGAUUUUGAUUCAUUUGGUGUACCAGACAGUGGGAUAGUUGUUUCAGAUAGAAACCAGGUGUCCUAUGAAGAUGAUUUGUUCAGUGAUACAGUCACGCCAGUAGAAGUUGAAGAGAUCGAUAUAUAUUCUACCUCACAGAAACUUGGCAAAAAUUCAAAGAAAUUGUUAGAUAAAGUCGAGUCAGAUGAGGAAGAAGAAAUGAACAGAUCAGAGGAGGAGAAUGAUUUCCCUGUUAUAGAGAGAGUCAUGAGUAAUGACAGGGAUGAUGUUAGAGGUACAGAUAGUGACGUCGAUGAAGAAGAAUUGGAGAGACUACUUGGGGCCAAGGAGAAAAAACCAGUUAUGAGAAUGUAUGCUGAUGAACUGGAGGAAAAACAAAAAGUUCACAGACAAAGAAAAAUGGUUGGGGCUUUGACAAUUGUGGCUGAUGCCAAAAAGAAGGUGAAGAGAGUGCAGGAUGCCAGACAGCUAAUUACAGGUGUUGAUCUAAGGGCAGCUUUACAGGAGAAGAAAAUGAACAGACAGCAGAGAUCACCAAUAUCCUGGAAACAUUCAAGGUCAAGGUCACUUUCACCAGAGUUUGAGAAAAAUCUGGACGAAGGAAUGAAUUUCAAAAUAAUCACACCAAUGCAUAUGACUAUAGAGAACGAAGUGUUGUCAGAGAGUGAAGAUGUGAAGGAAUUGACACCAGAACCAGAACCUGAGCAGGAAGUUAAGAGAAAGAAAAGAGUCACUUCUCCACUAGGAACUAAAUCAAAAAUGGAUGAACAAGAAAAACCCAAAGAUGUUCGGUCAAGGUUGAGUCAAAAGGCUCAGGAAGAUCUUGAUGUGAGGAUUGCGCAGCGGUCUUCAAAUAAUGUGAGAUCAAGACUUAGUAAAAGGGCAGAUGAUAUAAGUCCAGUGAGAUAUAGUGAUACUAGAAUAUCUAGAGUUAGACGGUCAAGGUCACAUGACCAGUUCAGAUCAAAAUUAAACAGAUCACGUUCUCCUAUGAAUAGAAAUAGACGUCCAGUUAGACGUAGGUCAAGAACUAGGUCUCCUAUGUGGAGGCGAAAUAAUAAUAGGUAUAGGUCACCAAUAAGAAAUAGGUCUCCUCUUAGACGUUCCCCUAUUAGGAGGUUUAACAGAUCUCGUUCAAGGUCACCUAUUAAUAGACGUCAGGCAAGGUCAAAUAUACGAUCCAGAUCUCCCGUUCACAGACGUAUAAAUGACCGAAAACGUUCAGGAAGAGAUGCUCGCUCACGUCUAGGAAGAAAAUCGAGAUCGCCAACGGACACGGAAGAUGACUCGGACAAUGAACAGAUACCACCAUCAAGGAUAAAAAUGACAGUUGAAGCAAGCUCGAGCUCUAGUAGUUCCUCAUCAAGCUCGGAUUCAAGCUCGGACAACUCUAGCUCAAGUAGUGAUUCGAGCUCCUCAUCGUCAUCAUCGGACUCUAGCAGCAGUAGUAGUGAUAGUGACGAUAGUGACAGUGAUGCCUCAGAGAGGUCGGCCAUUAGAAAUAAGAAAACACAGAGGAUUAUAGAUCGUCCAGCAAAACAACAAGACAAAUUUUCAUCAUCUCGCAAACAACAUCUAUCUCACAAUAAAUCUAACAGUCCUCGGAGAAAAUCUAGGAGGCCAUUAAGACCUCAAGAUGAUUAAUGUAUUUGAUGGUAUUAAAUAUUGAAUGGAUUUUGAUUUUCAUGCUUUUGAUCACAUACUGGUUAUGGAUAUUUUUAGCACAUGUGUUUUUAGAAACAAUAAAAAGGUUGGACACCACUAAAUAUAGAACAGUUAUACAAAUAGUCAUCAAAUGUUGACAAAAUAUAUUUUAGUAUAGUAAAGGACAUUAUUGAACAAAGAAAACAGUAUUCAGUAAAUAGAUGCUAAUUUCUUUGGUGACUUCUUCAAAUUUUCGAAGUUUUCUUGCAUUGAACUAUUUUCUAAUUGUAUUUUGAUUUGUUUUGUCAGUAGAAUUAAUCUAGAGUCAUUUGUGUGCCAAUUUCUGAAACACUGUUUUGAGGCGGUUCUCUUUGACAAACAGGAAUCUGAUUUUGUUUCCAUUAAAGGUACUGUAGCUUAAAUCAGUUAAAACUAGCAACUUUAAUAACUUGCCGGCAUUACCACUAUAAAGGCAAGUAAGUCUGCGCUUGUAAUAAGUCUUCCCAGGCAUAAUAUUUGUAACUCCCCAGUUUCAUUUUAUGAAUAUUGAAUCUCUUAAAUUGACCAUUGCUAAAAUAAUACUUGCAGUUCUUAUUUCAGCAAGACCAUUUUACAAAUGAGCAAGUAUGAGAUUCCUGUAGAAAGCAGAACCCAAUUUGAUUUUAUAAAAACUAGUAAACUGUGAUUUUUAAUAUUAAAAAGGUUUUCUGUGUAACUUUAUCUCUCUAUAACCACUUUGAUAUUGAAAUACUAGAUACCUUUACAUGACUCCAGUGUUAUAAGUGUUAGCCAGUGACAAGGACCUAGUGUAACUCCUACAUGGAUAUGAUAGAAUUUCUCAUCUCAUUGAACUAACCCUUAGUCUACAGGUGGAAUCUACCUAUGUAACUAGUGCAGACCAAGUUCACCUUUGUUCCAUCUGUGUUACAGUCUAAAUUGAAAGAUGGACGAGUCCAAUUAAGAUAUUUAACAGGGUGAGGGUUUUAUAAAAAAUAUGCAUAGCUUUUGCUAAACAAGCACUUGAAGUAGUCAUGCACUCUGUGAGUGUGACAGCUCCUGGUUACUUUGCAAUUCUGUUUCUAUUCAAUGUUUAUAUAUUCUUAAAUGUGUUCUGGAAGCGUAAAAGGUGGUGAAAAUUUGUAUUUCUUACAAAUAUUGUUUUUUUUUAAAUAGAACAUUAAAAUGAUGCAUUAUUUACCAUAUAAAAAAAAUAUUUAUGAAAUAGGAAAUUUUAUAUUGUUAUAAUUUGUAACUUUUGUGUUUUAGGGGUUUUUUUUAAAGUGAAAUUAAUAAAAUGUUAUCUUUUUUUUUCCUGAAUAAUUUAUAUUUGGGACCAUUUUGUUGUUGACCUAAAUGACUCAAAAUAUUUAGGUUUUGAAGUAUAACAGGGAUCACAACAGAGAAGCAAUGCCAGCUUUCUGUCUGACCAGGCUAUAUACACUGCUGAAUGCUUAGUUUUAUUAUUUUGAUAUCAAUUGUAUUAAGUUGUUAAGCAGGACAUAUACAUUUCACGAAAACAGUUUGUUGUACUUUGUAGUUGAUGUUUCACAGAACAUCAAUUAAAGGCUUGACGAGAUUCUGUUGUAAAUCAUUUGACUUAUAGAACGAGUUGCAGCAAACUGUCAAGAAAAAUAUAUGCAAUGUUUGCAUGCCCAUAUAAAUAUAAUAAAGCCAUAAAUAAAUUGUUUAACAUUAAGAUCUCAUGUAGACAUACAAUUUUUCUUUUUAGUUGCAUGUAUUUUAGGACUCAAUUUUUUUGUCUUUUAUGAUACAUAUUUAGAUAAUAAGGUCUGAAAUCUAGUCUGGACUAUAAAAAUAUUUAUUAUACAUUUUUAGCUCACCUGUCACAAAGUGACAGGGUGAGCUUUUGUGAUCGCUUUUCGUCCGUCGUUUGUUCAAAUAAAAGCCCUGGGGUCGAAAUUGGCCCCGCCCCAGGGGGUCAUUGAUUUUCCCUAUAUGCAUAUAGUAAAACUUAAAAAAAUUUCUUUUAAAGAACCCAAAGAGCUAGAGCUAUGAUAUUUAGCAUGAAACAUCUUCUAAUGGGUGUCUACCAAGUUUGUUCAAAUAAAAGCCCUGGGGUCAAAAUUGACCCCGCCCCAGGGGACAUUGAUUUUCCUUAUAUGUGUAUAGCAAAAACUUAAAAAUCUUCUUUGAUAAAACCCGAAUAGCUAGAGUUUAGAUAUUAAGCAUGAAACAUUUUCUAGUAAGUGUCUGCAAAGAUUAAAUAAAUAAUUAAAUAAAAGCCCUUGGGUCAAAACUGCCCCUGCCCCAGGUGUGUCAUUGUUUUUAACUAUAUGUGUAAACCAAAAACUUGACGAGCUAGACCUUAGAUGUUUAGCAUGAAACAUCUUCUAGUGGGUUUCUACCAAGUUUCUUCAAAUAAAAGCCCUGGGGGUUUAAACUGGCCCCGCUCCGGGGGCCUAUAUACAGGUGAGCGACUUCAGGGCCAUCAUGGCCCUCUUGUUUCUUUUGUGGUUUAAAGUGAAUUGGUCUAUAAUAGAAGAUCUGUAAUACCAUGAAUAAUUAUAUUGAUAGUAUGUAGUUCAUACAUGACAACAAACCACAGAAUGAUAAUAUAUGGUUAUUCUUGGCAAGUGUUAGAUAUAUGAUCUUAUACAUCAUAUAUAAACAUAUAGCAGGUGUUGAUAAUAAAAAGUUUUACAACAAAACAUUAUUAUUCAUUAUAUACAUACUUUCUUCUUUUAUCAACAUUUUGUUUUGCAGAAAUAUUUCAUAAGAACAUUCAAAUUUUAUAUUUUUAUUGUUUUUAUCAGUACUAAAGAUGUAUUUGAAAUACUUAUGAAAAAUAUGCAUAUUUUAGACCAAUCCACUUUAAAACCACUUGAUAUGCCUUGUGAACGCUGAAUAUUUCUACAUAUGAUGUAGUUAUUCUUCAUAUCAAAAUUAAUGUAGAGAUAUUACAUGUAUUGCCUACAGUCCAUGUUAUUGACACAGUUUCAAAGUAAAUUACACAUGAUAUCUCACAAGAAGUAAGCCUUGACCCCUAACCUGCUGGCAGCAACUGAUUCUACCAUUGUGACCAAACCAGAUCCAGAUAAGUUGGCACGUUUGUGCCGUCCAUCUGAGCAUGGCCUGCACCGUUUGCAAUCCUGUCAGUACUCAUUAAAAUCUUUC